UCAGAAGGGUUGCUCAUUUCCAUAAUCCUGUGAAUAAAACCCCGUCGGUACUCCAGUGCAGGACAGUACACGGGCUUAACAGUUGCAGAGUACUGGUCAGCCUAUUGACGAAACAAGUGACUCCGGCAGUCUAAUGCAAGGCGAUUUUGUUCUAAACAAAAGUAAAUCCCUUAAUAUUUUAGCGUUUAUUUUGAGUUAAGAUUUGAAGAUACCGUUAUAUCGCAUCGUUUUCUUUCAGAAAAAGAAGCGGGAAAGGAAUUUAUGAAGUUUUUAAGUAAGUCAUACCCUGCCACUAUGUCAGGUUUAAGGACUCUGCUCGGGUCCUUUUUCUUGCUCAGUCUGUUUUCUGCCACACAGAGUUUGACCAUCAAGUUCUCCACUUAUGAAGAAGAUGCCGUUGGUACUGUCAUUGGUACUUUGGCAAGAGACGUGGAUGCUGGUCUUGGGGAGAAAACAAACUCCAGCUUUCGCCUGAUGAAACCGUUAAACGCCUCUGUUAUUCGUGUGAGGGAAGUGGACGGACAGCUGACAGUAGCCAAGAGAAUCGACAGGGAGCAGAUCUGCAAAAGAUCACACCAAUGCACUAUGACCUUUGAUGUGGUGAGCUUUGGAACAGACCAGUUCAAACUUUUCCAUGUAGAAGUAGAGGUGAAAGACAUCAAUGACAACAGUCCAGUAUUUUCUAGCUCCGAACUAUCAUUAGAAAUGUCUGAAAAUGCGGUACUGGGCACUCGAGUCUCCCUAGAUGUGGCUGUUGAUGAAGAUGUUGGUGCGAAUUCUAUCCAGAGCUUCCGCCUCUCGGUUAACAGUCACUUCAUAAUUGAUGAAAUGCAGAACAGGGGAGAUGGAAGCAAGUACGUUGAACUUGUGUUAGUCCAAGAGUUAGACCGGGAAAAGCAAGACUUUUACGAAUUAGAACUAACGGCUAUAGAUGGUGGCAACCCACCACUAUCUGGCACAUUAACUAUUAACAUAAAAGUGUCCGAUAUCAAUGACAACAGCCCGGUAUUUUCGCAAAGUGUAUUUAGUGUAGAAGUGAAUGAAGAUGUCCCUGUGGGGUUCUUAUUGCUUGAACUAAGUGCAACUGAUGAAGACGAAGGUGAGAAUGGAAAGAUAAUUUACGGGUUUAGUGGGCAAGUGAGUUCUGAAUAUCUGCAGUUGUUUAAAAUUGACCCUGUUUCUGGGCAUUUAACUGUUAGUGGCCACCUGGACUAUGAGACAAGAGAGUCAUAUGAGCUUGAUAUUCAAGCACUUGAUUUGGGUCCGAAUUCAGUCCCGGGACGCUGCAAAGUGAUGGUGCACCUUAAAGAUGUGAAUGAUAAUGCUCCAGAGGUGACCAUCACUCCUAUGAGCUCCCUCAGCGAGGAGGUUGUUUACGUAACAGAAGCGGCGGCGCAAGACAGCUUUGUGGCCCUGAUCAGCACCUUGGACAGGGACUCGGGGGACAAUGGGCGCGUUCGAUGUAGCCUUCAUGGCCACAGUCACAUAGGUUUGCAACAAGCCUAUGAGGACAGCUACAUGGUACUAACCACAGCUCCUCUCGAUCGGGAGAAAAAUCCCGAGUACAAUAUGACUCUGGUGGCUGAGGAUCUAGGGUCACCUUCUUUUAAAACCAUUGUGCAGUUCACUGUUCGAAUAACUGAUGAGAAUGACAAUGCACCCCUGUUCUCUAAAUCCCACUAUGAAGUGUCAGUCUUAGAAAACAACAUGCCCGGAGCUUAUAUCACCACUGUCGUGGCCCGGGAUCCAGACCUGGGACAGAAUGGUAAAGUGACGUACGAAUUGUCAGAACCAGAAUUAAUAUGGGCUGGCGCUCCCAUUUCCUCUCUUGUGUCUCUGGACCCCGUCACAGGAAAUCUGUGCACAAAGAAGUCUUUUGACUACGAAGUACUAAAAAAGAUCGAAGUGUCGAUACGAGCCAGUGACGGAGGUGUCCCUCCACUGUCAAGCACUGCCCUUGUAACUGUUAAUAUUUUAGAUGAGAAUGACAAUGCCCCAGUUAUCACGCGCCCUUUCCUCAGAAAUGGCUCAGCUGAUGUGGUAUUGCCCAUUAGCGCACCGUUGGGCUACUUGUUAACCAAGAUUAAUGCCAGAGACAUUGACGAAGGGUCAAACUCUGAGUUGUCUUAUCACAUAUUAGCUGAUACAUUCAAAGGCUUUUCCAUCAGUAAAAAAUCUGGCGAGAUCGUGCUUGCUAGGAAAAUAGAUACAGACUAUAGACCUUUUGAAUCUGUAAACAUAACGGUUGCAGUAACUGACCACGGCAGACCUCCCCUGACCACUGUUGCAGUCAUCAGUUUUAUUCUUGUGGAAAUGGCUCCAUCUAGUGUUCAGAUUGGCGUACUGGAACAUUCAUGGAAAGGCACGGAAAUAGGAUGGGACUGGUCUGUGGCAGUUAUCAUACUUCUGUCUGGAGGCUGUGUAUUACUACUGAUUGCCAUCAUCGUGGUCUCGGCGACCAGAAGGGAAAGAGACCGCGUUGAUAAGGUCAAAACCCUAGAGCAAUCUGAAAACAGAGGAUUGGUAAGCUCUGGCUCAGGUUGUUCUGAUUCAUCUCGGACACCUGCAGAUUCCUGCAACUUGUCCAUCAUCACUGUUUCAGAAAGUAUGGAAGACCGUGACGAGACUAGUUCAGAACACAGCAGCGACUCUCCAGGCAAAUAUGGACAGGAUGUGUUGACAACGCAGAAGGCUAGCUCAAAGGGUUUUGAACCUCUUAUGAGCAUUCAUUCAGCAACUGAAUUGUCAGGGGACAAAAGCUGCAGCCUGAGCAUCACAAAUUCAGAUCCUGGAAGUAUGAAGGACAGUGGAAAAGGUGAAAGUGACAGCAAUGACAGUGACUCGGAUACAAGUAGAAAUGAGUCAAGGAACUACACGGUGAAUUGCAAGCCUGCAGAAACUGAGCAUUUAUCUACCAUGGCUAGUCGACUUUCGAGAAGCAAGGAAAUCAGGAUUCGAUAUCCAGUCCAAUGUCCUGAAGCAGGACAAUUUUAUACUUUGCAGUGUGAGACUAGAUACGUGACUGCACGUCCCUCAGUGCCUGCCUACCAUCAGCUGACAGCUUUUCCAAGAAUACAUCAGCAACAUCAAAUAAAGAGGGAGCCAUACUUCCAGACCAGCAUCCCAUGUAUGAAGGAAGUAAAACAUGCACAGCAACUGGCACUGCUGCAUGCAAAUGGAAAAAGAACUUUCUCUGAAAACAGCUCUUAUGAAAGGACUGAUGUCUCUUUUCCAAAAGACAAGGCUCCACAGUUACCUGAAACUGGAAGCAAAUUUGAGUUAGCUACCUCUCUUUAGUGUAUACAAUUUUGUCAUUAGUUAGAAGGAUUUGACAUGCAUAACAUUUCUUUAUAUACAAAAAAUUCUGAAUGUAAUUUAAACUAAAAGAAAAACAGUAGUUGUUUAAAAGACAAAUCUACUGCAUUAUUUUAUGCAAGACAGAAACAAUGUCUUCAGACUUCUACAGCCUUUAGCUGCAGACUAUGCAAUUCAGCACAUAGCUAGGUGCUGUAUUUUGUAGCAUGUAACAUAGCCAUACUUUGUGGGUGAUACAAUCAGUGUCUUAACUAACAGCAGUUCUGUGCUCCACCACAAACACAAAGGAACAUUGUUCUACGAUAGCCACUCUACAGUGGAGUCUAAGACCCCUGUGAGCAUAGAAGACUAAUGUAUCAACAAUAAUGAAAUUCAUGCUAUAAGUAAUACUGCGGCGUGCUGUUAAAGCAUUGACAAAAGUGUCAUUGUGAUGAGCAGUCAAAGCACGAGUCCUUCCACAAGCACAGACCUGAACUGUAACAAAAAACAAAUGGAGUAACAUGAGAGACACUUGUUCCAUCACUUGGAAAUUACACAGUAUUUAAUAUAUGCCAAAGGAUGUAAAUAAUGUAAAUUUAAAGAAUUUGUACCUGAUUGUAAUGUAAUUAAUGUAAAUAUAUAUAUAUGAUGUAAAUGUGUACAUAUUAGCGAAACAUCUAGACUUAUUUUUUCUCUAAGGUUUAUAUUUUUAGGAAAACAUUUCUAAUUUUUCAUGUGUUGUUUAUGUGCAUCCUGCUGAACUGCUACUAAAAAUUCUACCAUAACAAAUAUUGUUAUGUAAUGUAACAGAUGUUAUGUCAUGUAACAAAUGUCAUUAUGUCAUGGUCUAAGUCAAAGUAGAUGUGUGCAAACUUCAACUAUGGAUGUUAAAGUGUUGGUCUUCAAGCUUCUAUUAUAAAUACUUUCAUAACUUAAA